CGGCGGCGGCGGGCCCGGCCGGGCAUGACGCCGGGAGGCGACGGCGGCGCGGGCGGCGAUGAGCGACAUCGUGGAGAAGACGCUGACGGCGCUGCCGGGGCUCUUCCUGCAGACCCCGCCGGCGGGCGGCUCGGCGGCCUCGAGGCCGUCCUGCUCCUCCCGGCUGGGCGGCCUGGUCCGCGGCAUCACCGCGCUCAGCUCCAAGCACGAGGAAGAAAAGUUAAUUCAGCAGGAGCUGAGCAAUCUGAAGGCGACUGUGUCUGCGCCUACUACCACGCUGAGAAUGAUGAAAGAAUGUAUGGUGAGACUAAUAUAUUGUGAAAUGCUUGGAUAUGAUGCUUCCUUUGGUUAUAUACACGCAAUUAAAUUGGCACAACAAGGAAACCUUUUAGAAAAAAGAGUAGGUUAUUUGGCUGUUUCUUUAUUUCUACAUGAAAGUCACGAACUGUUGCUUCUCCUUGUGAAUACAGUUGUAAAGGACUUACAGAGCACUAACCUGGUGGAGGUGUGUAUGGCGCUUACUGUUGUCAGCCAGAUCUUCCCUCGAGAGAUGAUUCCAGCAGUGCUGCCAUUAGUAGAAGAUAAACUUCAGCAUUCUAAGGAGAUUGUAAGAAGAAAGGCUGUUUUGGCGUUACAUAAAUUUCUACUUAUUGCUCCAAAUCAAGUACAGCAUAUACAUAUUAAAUUUCGGAAAGCACUUUGUGACAGAGAUGUUGGGGUCAUGGCUGCUUCCUUGCACAUAUACCUAAGGAUGAUAAAGGAGAAUUCAUCUGGAUAUAAAGACUUGACGGGGAGUUUUGUAACAAUUUUGAAGCAAGUAGUUGGAGGCAAGCUCCCAGUAGAUUUCAAUUACCACAGUGUGCCAGCACCAUGGUUACAAAUUCAGCUCUUGAGAAUACUAGGACUUCUAGGGAAAGACGAUCAAAGGACAAGUGAAUUAAUGUAUGACGUUCUUGACGAAUCCUUACGAAGAGCUGAGUUAAAUCACAAUGUCACAUAUGCUAUUCUGUUUGAAUGUGUGCAUACAGUGUAUUCCAUUUAUCCUAAAGCGGAAUUACUUGAGAAGGCUGCCAAGUGCAUUGGAAAAUUUGUUUUGUCACCUAAAAUAAACCUUAAAUAUUUAGGACUGAAGGCUCUUACCUAUGUUAUCCAACAGGAUCCAACUUUGGCUCUUCAGCACCAGAUGACAAUAAUUGAAUGCUUAGACCAUCCCGAUCCCAUUAUUAAAAGAGAGACUCUGGAACUUCUUUACAGAAUUACUAAUGAACAGAAUAUAACAGUGAUUGUUCAGAAGAUGCUUGAAUAUUUACAGCAGAGCAAAGAAGAGUAUAUUAUCGUCAAUUUGGUUGGCAAAAUAGCUGAACUGGCUGAAAAAUAUGCUCCGGAUAACGCGUGGUUCAUUCAGACCAUGAAUGCUGUGUUUUCAGUGGGAGGAGAUGUCAUGCACCCUGAUAUCCCCAAUAACUUUCUACGACUGCUAGCAGAAGGUUUUGACGAUGAAACAGAAAAUCAGCAGUUAAGACUUUAUGCAGUUCAGUCUUAUCUUACUUUGCUGGAUGUGGAAAACGCGUUCUAUCCUCAGAGAUUUCUUCAAGUUAUGAGUUGGGUAUUAGGGGAAUAUUCCUACCUCUUAGAUAAAGAAACACCAGAGGAAAUUAUGGCCAAGCUAUAUAAGUUACUUGUGAAUGACUCCGUUUCUUCAGAAACAAAAGCCUGGUUAAUUGCUGCUAUAACCAAGUUGGCAUCCCAAGCACAGUCUUCUGACAUAGUUGAGAGAUUAAUCCAGGAAUUCACCGUAUCUUUAGAUACGUGCAUGAGACAGCAUGCAUUUGAAUUGAAACAUAUGCACGAAAAUAUGGAACUUAUGAAGAGCUUGCUGCCAACUGAUAAGAGUUAUGAAGACAUGGUGGUAGAUGCUUCCUUAUCUUUUCUGGAUGGUUUUGUGGCUGAAGAACUGAGUCAGGGGGCAUUGCCUUACAAACCUCACCACCAGAGACAAGAAGAAAAGUUUUCUCAAGAGAAAGUUCUUAAUUUUGAACCAUAUGGACCCUCAUUUUCUUCAUCUGGCAUGACUGGACGAGAGUCUCCUGCUGGCGUUUCUCUUGGCUCAGAUAUAUCUGGCAAUAGCGCAGAGACAGGGCUAAAAGAGACAAAUAGCUUGAAGAUGGAAGGUAUAAAGAAAUUGUGGGGGAAGGAGGGCUAUCUUCCCAAGAAGGAAAGCAAAACUGGUGAGGAAAUUGACCCUCCACCCAUUUCUCAAGAGGGCAUACUAAUGGAAAACAUAGACCAAACUGUAACCAAAAAGACUCAAGAACUUACCCAGUCUAAAGAGGAGAAAGAAAAGCAGCUACUGGCAUCAUCAUUAUUUGUUGGGUUAGGGUCAGAAAGUACAGUCAGUCUGCUCGGAAAAACAGAUACCGUCUCUCAUAAAUUCAGAAGGAAACCAAGAGCCAAGGACACCAAAAGUGGAGAAAACACCAGUGCUCAGGAUAUGGCCUGUUCUUCCUUUAGUUCUUCAUCAAAUGUGACUUAUGAAGAAGAUUAUUAUUUGGAUGCCUUGCAUGGUAAAGGAGGCAAAGAUUUAAAGAAAUUAUCUCUCAGUUCAGAACUUCUGGAUUCUGAGUCACUUGCAGAACUCCCCGUGGUUGAGAAACUCUCAGACUGCAGGCUCUCAGUACCUUCUUUGUUUGCUGAUAGCAACAUGGAAGUUUUUCACACUCCUGAAUCCACUGCACCAGUAGGUACUAAUGAAAUCUCUUUAGUGUCAUCUUUGUUGGAAGAAACAGCUGAUCACAUGUAUUCAGAUCUUAUGGAGGUCUGUAGUAAUGAAACCAUAUCAGUGUCUUCUUACAAAAUUUGGAAAGACGAUUGUUUAUUGGUGGUCUGGACAGUUUCAAAUAAGAGUGAUUUGGAAUUGGAAAGUGCUAACUUAGAAAUUGCUCCUGCGGAAAAUUUCAAGAUCACUGAGCAACCUGAGUGCUGCUUGCCUGAAAGAGAGACAGGAAGUACCACAAGCUUUCAAUACAGUAUACAAAUGGAAAAGGCUUUCACAGAUGAGACUCUUUCUGGCUUUAUAAAUUACCAAAUGAUGGAUAUGCAUCCUGUUCAGCUUGAAUUUUCAUUAAACUUAUUAAUGCUAGAUUUUAUUAGACCAUUAAAAAUCUCAACGGAAGACUUUGGCAAACUCUGGUUAUCCUUUGCAAAUGACGUGAAGCAAAAUAUCAAAAUGUCAGAAUCUCCAGCUGCUCUGCCUUCUGCCCUAAAGACCCUGCAACGGAAGCUGAGACUUCAUGUUGUUGAAGUUAUAGGCAGUGAAGGACUUUUGGCCUGUCAACGCCUCCCAUCCGUCCCCUGCUUGUUGCACUUUCGAGUUCACGCUGACACGAUGAGUCUUUGGUUCAGAUCCUCCUGCGCUGCUCUUCCCGACUACUUACUGUGUCAGUGUCAAAAGGUGAUGGAGGGAUCCUAGCACAAGCUCGGCGUAGAUUUCAUUCUGUCCAAGUAAAUGGUUUACAUAGAUAAACUUAUUUACCAAAGUAAAAAGAACUCAUGGUACUUGUAAUUAAAAUGGGGAUAAGUUUAAGUUGUGAUUUUAUGUGUCUUUGAUUUCUGAUCAAGAACGAUCCCCAAGAAGCUAUAUCUCUUAUCUUUUACUCAGGAUUGUACAGUUUGUUUGGGUCCCCCAAAAGUGACCUGAGCUAAUGUUAUAAACUGCUAAUGAUUUAUAUAUCUCUUAGUGUAGAGUGACUAAAAAUAUUUAUUUUGUUAUAAAUAAUUUUAUAGCAAAUAUACUCUAGUGCUAGUUCGUUUGUCCUAAAACUUAGUCUCAGUUCUCUACAUUAAAGGAGAAGAGACAUGGAGUUGAUAAUCCCAGACCUAAUUCAUGUUUGGCUUUGGAAUGUUUUUUGCUAGGCAAAUCAUUACUUUCAAUUAUGUUUUGCUUAGGUCAUUGUGAAAUACACACUAAGAGUUAAGCGAAUCUGUAAGCAUGUUGUAUAUUGGCAGGGGCGGGGUGGGGGAAUCCAAUCUAUGAUACAAUUUUUACUCUAACUUGUAAUACCAUUGCAUAUAAUUUGGCUGAAAAAAUGGACCAUUUUCCCUUUGCAUUUAUUUUAAAAUUCAAAGUGAGUUACUGUAGUCUUAUUUUAGAAGCUCAGAGCCAUUUACAAAUAUUGUCCUAGAGAAACAAAACCCUUAAAAGCACACAGUACUAAAACAAACAGGUAGAAGGGAUCUUUUUAAUUCUGGAAGAUCUUUCAGUCAGUUACCACUGAUUUUGGAGAAUUUAAAUUCUGAAUAGAGUAUGAAUGGCAAACCAUCUUUCUUGGCCUUGGUAGCUGUUAGUACCCAGCUACAACCGAAGCAGUGACUGUUUAUGCAUACCAUAGAGGUUCUGCAGUAAAAGAUAUUCUCAUGGCAGUGCCAUUGUGGCUCUGUUGGAAUUGUUAUCAGUAAAAGAAGAGGUGAAUUUAAUUAUGAAUGAUGGACCAUAAUUUUGAAAUUGUACAUUAGUGUUAAAAUCUGAAAAUAGUAUUUUAUAAAACCUUAUGGUGCUGUGGAAAAAUAUUUAUUAUUUCACUUUUUCUGAAACUUCACCAUGGAGUCUAUUCAGGUAAUAUCAUUUUUAGUCAUUGCAGUUAAUGCUGUGGAUCAUUGGUACAGUUUAUAAUGCAGGUGUGGGGUUCUAGUUUUCGGUUGUCUCAUUAACUAUGACUCUUCAAAAUGCAAAGGACAUCCUCUGGAGCUGAUAGAUUUCUCUGGUAAUCUGUGUUUAGACUGUUCAUCCCUAAAGACAAAAGCAGUAUUUAAAAACUAAUUUUUUAAGUUCCUCAUUACAAGAUAUAUAAUGCCUUGUUAAUGUCAUGCGUUUAAAUAACAUACAGUAGAACUUGCCAUAAGAGCAUGGUAGUGACUGCUUCCUUUUGUAUGGAAGAGUUCCAUCCUCAAGUUCCCAGCAGUGUCCUGAUAAAGGGAAUGUGCUUUCUCGGUGAUGGUGGUGGACACUGGUGGCUAGCCUUAUCAGCUUCUUCUUUAUUCCUACCUCGGUCAGCAGCUCCACCACCCACCUGAUUCUGCUGCUACUCUGACAAUGAAAUAGCUUGUGCCCUCUUACUUUGCAAAGGAAUGCAGCUGAGAGCAGAGGAAUUUCCCGAGUGUUGGGUAGGCUUACUUGCCUGUAUUCACACGACCACACAGACUGGGUUGAGUGAAGUGCCCAGCAAGCAGAUGGACAGCUGUCUGAGAGAGCUUGUAAUGAGCUGUUCUGCUUUGUUACCAGGGUUUUCAGAAGGGGCAGUAGCAGUGCUCCUGAGAGACAAGCUUGACCCACAGAGCUGGUGUUAGUGGGCGACCUCCAGAUCUGGGAACAUGAUUUUGGGUCUGCCAAAGGGAACCUGGUGUCACUUUCUGCUCUUUCUAGACACAUUACAAAGUACAUUAACAGGGUUUCUACUGAAAUGUUUAGUAGAGCGUUUACAAUUUUUAUAUUUUUAUGAUUUUAAGAACAUGGAAUAAUAACAAGAAAGUAGAUUUUACUAACUUUAGGGCAGUAUCUUUUCUGCUCAGACAAUGCAAUGUUUUAAGUUCUAAAUCAGGCAUCAACCAACUCUUUUUUUGCAUUGUAGGAGAUGUGACUUUAAAGUUAGGAGAAUGAUUUUACAUUAUAGCCAUAAAUUAGUCAACUGAAGGAGCAAUAUCUGGAAUAAGAGAUGUGCGGGGGAUACUCGCUGUGUGAGUAGUGGGCUGGGUGUCUGCCUGAGGAUGGAGGUGGUAGCAAGUGUGAAUCUGGGGGAGAGGAAAGGGACAGAGGAGUGCCCUUGGGGCAGGGGGAGGGAGAAGGGCCAGGCUUCCGGCUGCACAGUGGAUGAGUCAGCCGUUCCUCAAGAGUAGCAGGCUGGAGUCAGGGUCCCUCUCUCAGAGAGCCAAGUAGUCACCAAGCCCUAAAGUGCCAAGCACAGAUGCACUGCAGAGGAGCAUGACUUUAAACAAUGUUCCGCUGUCAGCUAUGGAGACCACUGUAAUUUAAGUGCAGUAUUUCUUUUUUCACUUUUUGUUGGACUAUUUUAAAACGUUGAGCUUUCUUUGUCUUAAGGUUUUAUGGAUAAAUGUGAUCUUUGUCUCCUGAUUGUGAGUUACUUAAAGUGCACUGAACCUGUUCUUCAAUGUUUUUGCUGUAUUGAGAUUUUAGGAGGUAGAGAUGCAAAUGAAUAACAACAGGCAUUAAUCACCUUAUUUUGCAGUUCUGUAAUUAAAAAAAUUGGUUAAACAUGUAAUAAAACACAAAGUGAUCUUUAUUGUU